AUGGAUAAUUUACCUGAUGAUCUACAACGAAAAAUCACCCAAUUGCGUGAAUUAGAUUCGCAGUGUAAAGAAAUCAUGCAAGACAUUGAUCGUCAUCAUUUGUGUAUGAAUGAAGCAGAAGGUCAAGCCAAGCGAAAAUCUUAUAUAAUCUUCCAACGUGCUUUGCUAAAAUUCCAAGAAAUUGGAGAUGAAAAACUCAACAUGUUAUCUUUCAUCAUUGACCUCAUAGAAAAUCGAUCUCGACAACUAGAGCAAGAUUUGGAAAACCUUGAUCCAACUUUGGGCAAAGAUAAUGACAAAGAAGAUUUUUCUUCUAAUACCAAAGUAAAACAAGAAAAUGAUAGAAAUGAAAAAACUGGCAGUAAACGACAACGGAGACAAAAAACACAUGACAUAAGUAAAGAUGAAGACAAAAAGGAAGAGAAAGAUCGUGUAUCAAAAAAGAAGAAGAAAAGGAAAACCAAGAAAGAAAAAGAAAGUGAAAAAUCACCAAUUGAUCCUCCUAUUGAUCCAGAUGAACCAACAUAUUGUGAUUGCAAUCAGGUGUCUUAUGGAGAGAUGAUUGGUUGUGAUAAUGACCUCUGCCCAAUUGAAUGGUUCCAUUUCAGCUGUGUCAAUCUUACUUCCAAACCAAAAGGCAAAUGGUAUUGCCCCAGGUGCCGUGGAGACAAAAGCAAUGUGAAACGACAAGACAAAUAA